AUGAGAAGACUUGUACAUUGUCUUUUAGUGUCUCUUCAGCUGAAGUUGGAACAGCUGAUUAAUCGGCUGAAGUUGGAACAGCUGAUUAAUCGGCUGAAGUUGGAACAGCUGAUUAAUCGGCUGAAGUUGGAACAGCUGAUUAAUCGGCUGAAGUUGGAACAGCUGAUUAAUCGGCUGAAGUUGGAACAGCUGAUUAAUCGGCUGAAGUUGGAACAGCUGAUUAAUCGGCUGAAGUUGGAACAGCUGAUUAAUCGGCUGAAGUUGGAACAGCUGAUUAAUCGGCUGAAGUUGGAACAGCUGAUUAAUCGGCUGAAGUUGGAACAGCUGAUUAAUCGGCUGAAGUUGGAACAGCUGAUUAAUCGGCUGAAGUUGGAACAGCUGAUUAAUCGGCUGAAGUUGGAACAGCUGAUUAAUCGGCUGAAGUUGGAACAGCUGAUUAAUCGGCUGAAGUUGGAACAGCUGAUUAAUCGGCUGAAGUUGGAACAGCUGAUUAAUCGGCUGAAGUUGGAACAGCUGAUUAAUCGGCUGAAGUUGGAACAGCUGAUUAAUCGGCUGAAGUUGGAACAGCUGAUUAAUCGGCUGAAGUUGGAACAGCUGAUUAAUCGUUCAUUCUGUGUUAGUAGAUUUGAUUAG